AUGAGCAACAAGCCAGGCGACAGCGAUGCCGACGAGCGCACGCCGCUCGUCAAUGGCGGUCCUUCCGGGUCGCCAUCGCAUCACAUCAUUCCCAAUGGCAACCAUGGUACCGCCAAAGCCUUCUUCUUCGACUCGCGGCAUACCCCGGGUCUCGAGAGCGACAACUUGGCGAUCCGGUCCCUGGUCUACACCUGGCACAUUGCCAAGGUUACAAUCUUGAGUAACUACACAAAUAUCCUUCUACCAAUGGUACCCAUCGGUAUCAUCGCCGGCGCCAUGGGCUGGGACCCAACGGCCGUCUUCGUCAUCAACUUCUUUGCGAUUAUCCCCCUCGCCGCUGUUCUCUCUUUUGCGACAGAGGAGAUCUCGAUCAAGCUGGGUGAGACCCUGGGCGGACUCCUCAAUGCGACGUUUGGAAACGCGGUCGAACUUAUCGUCAGCAUUGUGGCCCUGAAGGAUGGUCAGAUCGAAGUCGUACAGUCCUCCAUGCUGGGCUCGAUCCUGUCCAACCUGCUGCUCGUCAUGGGCAUGUGCUUUUUCUUCGGUGGCCUCGUGCACCGUGGCGAGAGCGGUGCGGGAUCUGAGCAGGUCUUCUCGUCGGCCGUUGCGCAGGCUACGUGCUCGCUCAUGACCCUCUCGUCUGCUUCGCUGGUCAUCCCUGCGGCUCUGUACGGUGUCCUCGAUCAGAAUGGCUCGGAUGAUAAGAAUCAGAGUAUCCUUGUCUUGUCCCGCGGCACAGCCAUCAUCCUGCUCAUUCUCUACGUCAUGUACCUCGUCUUCCAGCUGCGCACGCACAGCAACCUCUUCGACGCCGAGGGCCAGACAGCCGACGACGAGGAGCCCGAGGAGCCCAGCAUGGGUCCCAUUGCUUCUGCCGGUGUUCUCGUUGUCACCACGAUUCUUGUUGCCAUCUGCGCCGAUUACUUGGUCGGCAGCAUCGACCACAUUGUCGAGAGCGCCAAUAUCAGCAAGGCCUUUAUCGGGUUGAUCCUCAUCCCCAUUGUCGGUAACGCUGCCGAGCACGUCACCGCGGUUGUCGUUGCUCUGCGCGACAAGAUGGACCUGGCCAUGGGUGUCGCCAUUGGCUCCAGCAUCCAGAUUGCACUACUCGUCACGCCCUUCCUCGUCAUGGUUGGCUGGGCCAUCGGCCAGCCCAUGACCCUCCGCUUUGAGACAUUCGAGACGGUGGCCUUUGCGGUUUCCGUGCUGGUCGUCACCUAUACUGUGCAGGAUGGCAGGUCCAACUACCUCGAAGGCGCCAUGUUGCUCGGUCUCUAUAUCAUCAUCGCUGUUGCAUUCUUUGCGACACCCAGCGGUGCGCUGGACAAGUCUGGCGCUUAAAUGACUCGACGUCAAAAUUUUCUUUUUCUCUCUCUCUCUCUCUCUCUCUUCGCAGUCUCUGUUGGAUAUUCUCGAGAGGAGAAAACUGUGUCUAUC